GAUGUCAUCAUUCCAGUUGUGUAUCCGGAAGUAUUGAGAGGACAAAAAUAAAACACGGAAAGCAAGUGAAGAAAUUGACUAUAUACAAACACAAAUACGAACCGUGAGAGCGUUUUCUUUGCUGAUUUGCUGACGGACGAGAGCUGCAAACAUGUCAAGAAUGGACAAGCAUCUCUUCAACCUCAAGUUUGCUGCCAAAGAGUUGCAACGGAAUUCUAAAAAGUGCGACAAAGAGGAAAAGACGGAGAAGACCAAAGUAAAGAAGGCCAUUCAAAAAGGAAAUGUGGAAGUCGCACGGAUACACGCAGAAAAUGCCAUCCGUCAGAAAAACCAGUCCAUCAACUACCUGAGGAUGAGCGCACGUGUGGAUGCGGUGGCAGCUAGGGUACAGACUGCUGUCACCAUGAACAAGGUCACUCAAUCGAUGUCUGGAGUGGUGAAAGGCAUGGAUGCGGCCUUGAAGAGUAUGAACCUGGAGAAGAUCUCAGCGCUUAUGGACAAAUUUGAGCACCAGUUUGAGACUCUGGAUGUGCAGACGGCACAAAUGGAGGACACCAUGAGCAGCACAACCACUCUCACCACCCCACAGAACCAAGUGGACUCACUCAUGCACGAGAUGGCUGACGAAGCUGGGCUGGACCUGAACAUGGAGCUGCCUCAGGGCCAGACGGGGUCAGUGGGGACCAGCGUGGCAUCGGCAGAGCAGGAUGAGCUGUCCCAGAGACUGUCCAGACUCCGGGACCAGAUCUGAGAGACGGGGGCGAGGGAGCGCCACGUGCCUGAAACGUGAAGUUCUGGGUCAGGCACACAGUGACCGCCCCGGGAUGCAGAUUACACCUUACUACUUCUUUCUGUCCAUCUUACCCUCUGCCCCUCCGCCUCCCCAAAUUUCUGCCUGAUUGUUUCUCCAGUGCUGAAGAGUUCUCAGUCCCGGAGGGGUGAAUGAGACGAUUGUAGUUUAUUAUGAGUGCAUUCGUGCCACAAGGCCGAAGGCCUACAUGCCAGACCUGGUGUAAAUAGUAUUUGUUUUGGUUUAAAAUACUUUUCUGUGCUCUAUUGAUCUUGCCUGGUUAUUUUGAGCCUGCAAGGAGGAGCAGAUGGGCGGGGCUUACACAUUUGGGAUCAAUUUGUUUGUUCAAAUCCACCAGGCUAGCUCAGUCAAAUGCAGAAAAGUAUUUGAAUCCGACGCAAAUACUCUUUGAACCCAGGUCUUCUACAAGCAAAGCUUAAAUCGACUCAGUCAUGAAAAUGUAUGUAUAUACAUUUAUUUGUGUGUGUGUGUGUGUGUGUGGGAUGGGUGAUAUGAUUGCUGUGUGUAUAUUUUCUUUGUUUUGUCCUCAUAUGGUGCAUGCCUUUGACAGAGGUCUAUCUGUGGUGAUGUUCCUGGGUUCAGGGGACACUCUGCCAACCCCACAGUAUGAGUAACGAGGUAAAGCUAGAGCAGGUCUGAGUUAAAAUACGCAAUUGUUUCGGAUUCAAAUACUUUUCAGCGCUCGAUUGAUCUUGUCUGGUAUUUAGUACUUCAUAGGUUCCAAUACACCAGACAAUACACUCAGUUGACUGGCAUUUCAAUCCGAAACAAUUACUUAUUUGACCCUGGUCUGUUGAAGUGACACGUGCCAACAACCACCACGGGGAAAAGUCUGCUCCAGACCUCUCCAUAUCUGACUGUUCAGUGCUGUGUUUCUGAUAGCUGUGAUCCUCCAUAAUGAUGACAUCCAAAUGUUUACUCACAGAAGAAAAAAGGUUAUACACUGACAUUUUUUUUUUGAUUUUUAAAAAGAAGAUUUGAUAUUUAUAAUCUUUUCCCUUUUGUCUUUGGGUGAUAGUGGGAUUUUCUUUGUAAAAAAAACUGUGACUGUCAGCAGUUAGAAAUCAUUCACAGUAUCGCAACAAUGUUGCCAUCACAGACUUUGGAAUGUGAUUCUAAAUAUUUUUCAAUAUUGGUUGUAGGUACUGUACAUGCCAAUACGCAUCUUUUUCAACUUUAUAAGAAAGAUGUCUUGAGCAUCAAGAAAUUGUAAUUAUUUACAUUUUCAAAAAUCGAAAUAAAAAGAAACAUUUUCUGCA